UCAAGGAAUACUGACACUGAUAGAGCAGAAAAGAGGAAGGGAAUGGACAAAGAAACCGAGGAGGAGCGGGCAAAGAGUCGUGACUGAAAGUCAAAGGAAGAGCGUUUCCAGAGAAGAAAACGUUCAGUUGUUCAAGGAGCCUAGAAAUGUUACUGUCGGCUUUCUGACACUUCACGGUAGCCCACGCUUUGUCUCCCAGCCACAGGAUGUGCUUUUAUUUUUGCUCUUUUUAUCCUUUUCUCCCUUGUUUGGUCCAAAUUUGCUCUGGAGAGCCAGUUGUUCCCGGACCCCUUCACCCCUCACUUUUCAAAUAAACUUUUGGCACCAUUUUUGGCUUGUCUCAUCUAAUUCUGUGUUCAAAGCAAGAAGGACCUGGAGUACUUUUAAUUGGCGAGCCAUGUCUAAAGGAACGACCCAACCACCUUUUGGCGGAACCAGCCGGGAGACAAUGUUUUAGCCUGGCCAGCCGUGAGAGUAAAGCACAAGCACUGGAGACCAAGGAGUCUUGCUUGUUCACACAAGUCAAGGUUAAGAAGGACUUCUACAAGCAACAUGGGAAAGAACAUAGAUUCUGGAAGCAAAGAGAAUGGAGUAUGAAAUCUGGCUCUACCGUUUCCUAGCAGUGUGACCUCAUGUAAAAAUAAACCCUUCCAACCACCAAGAUGGCUCAGACCAACCCUAUGCCUGGAUCCUUGGGACCAUGGAAGAUAACCAUCUAUGACCAGGAGAACUUCCAGGGCAAGAGGAUGGAGUUCACCAGCUCCUGCCCAAAUGUCUCUGAGCGCAGUUUUGAUAAUGUCCGGUCCCUCAAGGUGGAAUGUGGCGCCUGGAUUGGCUAUGAGCAUACCAGUUUCUGUGGGCAGCAGUUUAUACUGGAGAGAGGAGAAUAUCCUCGCUGGGAUGCCUGGAGCGGAAGCAAUGCCUACCACAUUGAGCGUCUCAUGUCCUUCCGCCCCAUCUGUUCAGCUAAUCAUAAAGAGUCUAAGAUAACCAUCUUUGAAAAAGAGAACUUUAUUGGACGCCAGUGGGAGAUCUGUGAUGACUACCCCUCCUUGCAAGCCAUGGGUUGGUUCAAUAAUGAAGUUGGUUCCAUGAAGAUACAAUGUGGGGCCUGGGUUUGCUACCAGUACCCUGGAUAUCGUGGUUAUCAGUACAUCCUGGAAUGCGACCAUCAUGGAGGAGACUAUAAACACUGGAGAGAGUGGGGUUCUCAUGCUCAGACUUCCCAGAUCCAAUCUAUUCGCCGUAUCCAACAGUAGUGGAUUAAAACCUCCAAUAAGAGAAUUCCUCAAGCAUGAGACCUUGCUAAGCACUCUAGAGUUUUAUGUUCUGCUCAGAUACUGCUUCCAAAUGUUAGCUGCUAAAAUCCACAAUAAAUGUCAUUUAAAAACAAAAAA